GGGAAUACCCUAAACGUGAACAGCUGAUUGCUUGUUAAUAGCAACAUGUUUAUGUUUUUGGUUUGAGCUUAUCCUUUAUUACUAAAUGUUCAGUUUACAUUUAAUAAAUGAAAAGCAAGCGUCCUAAGUAAUACAUUAAAUUGCGCCUUUACGUACGAAAUUGCGUACUAAGAAUCUCAUCAUGAAAGCAAUUUUACAACAGCGUGGUAAAAUAAAACUAUCCUUAAAGGAGUGUGAUUUAGAAAGAACUUUGCUUGGCGGUCAAAGUUUUCGUUGGCGAUCAUUACCUGAUGCCAAUGGAACGAAGUACUGCGGAGUGGCCUUCAACACCUACUGGGUGCUGGAACAGGAAAAGUCCUGCAUAAUUUACGAGGCGUACGGAACCACUCCAUUGAAAGCAGUGAACUACACAUCUUUAAUAUCAGAUUAUCUUCGCGUCGAUUUCAAUUUAAACCAUAACCAAAAAGAUUGGUUAAGCCGAGAUGAUAACUUUGUGAAGUUUCUAAGCAAGCCUGUCCGCGUUCUUGCUCAGGAGCCAUUUGAGAACAUUUUUAGCUUCCUGUGCAGUCAAAACAACAAUAUCAAGCGGAUAUCAGCAAUGAUCCAGUGGUUUUGUGAAACAUUUGGCACUAAGAUUGGCCACUUUAAUGGUUCCGAUGAGUAUUCAUUUCCUGUGAUUGAUAGAUUUAAAGGGAUCUCGAGCAACGAACUCAACGACCAGUUACGAACUGCUAAAUUCGGAUAUCGGGCCAAAUUUAUAGCACGAACCCUACAAGAGAUCCAGAAACGAGAUGGACAAGCCUGGUUCAUAAGGCUGAAGAGCUUGCCGUUCGAAAAAGCUCGGGAGGAAUUGACCCAGCUUCCCGGAAUCGGAUAUAAGGUGGCUGAUUGCAUCUGCCUCAUGUCACUGGACCAUUUGGAAUCCGUGCCCGUUGACAUACAUAUCUAUAACAUUGCAAAGAAGUAUUACUUGCCACAUCUAAACGGUCAAAAAAACAUUUCCAAAAAGAUCUACGAUGAGGUUUCGAAUCAUUUUCAAAAACUACAUGGAAAAUAUGCGGGUUGGGCUCAAGCCAUUCUUUUUUCUGCUGACUUGGGGCAAUUUCAAAAAACAUCCAAAGUUGAUUGUAACAAUGAUUCGAAUAAAAAGCUUAAAAAUUAAUUCAUGUUGGUGGUAUUUGUUAAUAACAUUACCAUUUUCAAUUCAGCUAGGGACAAAAUAUAUAUCAUAAUUAUUCAUAGCUCAUCUGUUUGCUAUGCA